UAGUAAUUGAUUUAAUAAUUGUGAAAAAUUUUAACGAUAAAAAUCAAUUGAUUUAACUGUCAAUUAAAGUAAAGUAUUGUUUGAUUAGUGUUUGAAUAGACAAUCACUGAUAGAGUGAUGUAUUGAAUGCAAUGAAUGCCUAAUAAUAAUGAGAUUAAAGGCUUUACUAAUACUUCCAAUCAUUAGUUUAAUUGGUUUAUCACUAAGUCUUCAAUUCUUGUGUUCAUUACUUCUGCAAAUUGUUGUCAAAAGGUUAGGCACCGGGAAAUCGGCCACUAGUGGUGACCAGUCAGAGGAGGACAACACCGUGAUGUGGAAGUGCCGUAAAUGUCAAAAACCAGUCUAUUUUGCUGAGAGGAAGUGCUCGUUAGGCUAUGACUGGCAUCCGGAGUGUCUGACGUGUCACGAGUGCGGUAAACGCCUGAAUCCGGGACAACACGCGGAGCACAAAAGCAUACCUUACUGUUAUAUUCCCUGUUAUGGCGCUCUCUUCGGUCCACAACUCUAUGGUCACGGCUCUCGUGUUGAAUCGCAUUCAAGUUUUGGUCAAAAGAGUCGUUUAGAUAGUGAUCCGAUGUCUGAAAAGUUUUUAGAAAAUAAAGUUAAAGAAUAUAAUCAAUAUUUUGAUGGAAAAGGAAAUAACAUUCAGUAUCGGGAAAGAAAUGGUAAACUUAUAUUAGAGGGAUCUGUUAGGAUAUAUUGGGAUGUAUCCAAUGUUAUACAACUAAAAGAAGACAAUGACGACAGAGUAUUCAUUAGAAGACAAAGUUAUUAUAAUACUCGAAAAAGUUCUGCCAAAAGCUCUUUAGACGACAGCCCUAGUGUUUCAUCGACAUCAACGAGUCCAGAGUCGAGUAAACAGUCGAGUCCUACAAGUGAUUGUUCAUCCAGUGUUGACAGUCCUGAUCAUACUGUUCGACAAUAUCGAACACUUCCUCUUCGGGGUUCAGAAAGUGCCAAAAUGUUGAAAGAAGAGUUGCGAAGAACCAGUAAAAGUUUUGACGACGAAUAUGUUCAACAAAUAUUUGACGCAAAAGAUAAACAAAAUUCUGCUAAAGACUUAGAGACGACAAAUACAAAUGAUGAAGUAGUUCUGAGAAGAACCUGUAAUUUGAGAAGAUCUCGGGCCAGAUUGAGACGACGGUGCUCUAUAAAUGGACAUUUCUAUAAUAGAGAGACAAGCCAUUUUACUCCCGCCCACGGAUCAAUUACCAGUGUUUUUAUAUCUAGUCUUCUAAACGCACCCGAAGUUAUCAAUAUGUUAUUGGAUAAGUUUAAAGUUACCAAUAAAGCCGAAGAUUUUUCUUUGUUUGUUCUCAGAGAUAAUGGAGAAUGUCGUCGACUGCAUGACAAUGAAUUUCCACUAAUUGUUAGAGUAAUGUUAGGACCAAAUGAAUCGGCGGCUAAAGUAUUCAUAUUCAACAAAAAUAAAAACGAAAUAUCAAGUGAGGUAGCCCAGUAUUUGUGUCUAACGAAUGCUGAAUUACAAAUGUUUCUCAAGAAGUUUGAAGAGGAAGAGAUACGAGAGAUCAACAAAAUUAAGAAAAAGUUUUUAUCGAUUAAGACUUGGAUUAAAUUGAGAAUUAAAGAAAUCGAAGAAAAUACUUAACAAAAGACUAUCAAAAAUAAAAACAAAAAAAUGUUUUCGAUUUCAUUUGACAUGAAUUCAUCUCAAUUACAACAUAUAACUACUGUAUAACAACAUU